CUGUGAAGCAGUGACAUCUCACAGUCCUGAAAGACACGGUCCGGCUCAGAGCGCCGUCUGUCCUGCGGCCCAACGGCAAAACUGGGAUCAGAAGAAGAGUUUUCUUCACCGAUCCACGUCCAGAACUUCGAGACCAGGUCCAGCUCGACUCAUCCGAGGCCUCACCAUGUCCGUCGACCCGGCGGUCGAGCUGCCUUUCUUCUACGGCAGCAUCAGUCGCUCGGACGCCGAGCAGCACCUGAAGCUGGCCGGCAUGGCCGACGGCCUCUUCUUGCUCAGACAGUGUCUCCGCAGCCUUGGGGGCUACGUCCUGUCUGUGGUCUGGAACCUGGAGUUCCACCACUACUCCAUAGAGAAGCAACUGAACGGGACGUACUGCAUCACGGGAGGGAAGCCUCACUGUGGCCCCGGGGAGCUCUGCGAGUACUACAGCAAGGACCCCGACGGGCUGGUGUGCAUCCUGAGGAAGCCGUGUCUGCGCCCGGCGGAAAUGCCGGUAAAGACCGGCGUUUUUGACAAAAUGAGGGAGAACAUGCUGAGGGAGUACGUCAAGCAGACCUGGAACCUGGAGGGAGAAGCCAUGGAGCAGGCCAUCAUCAGCCAGGCUCCUCAGCUUGAGAAGCUGAUCGCCACCACCGCCCACGAGAAGAUGCCCUGGUAUCACGGUAAAAUCAACCGGCACGAAGGGGAGAGGCGGCUUUACUCCGGAGCACAGCCAGACGGCAAGUUUCUAGUCAGAGACAGGGAGGAGUUUGGCUCGUUCGCUCUCUCGGUGAUGUACGGCAAAACCGUUUACCACUAUCAGGUCCUGCAGGACAAAUCGGGGAAGCUGUCCAUGCCGGAGGGGACGAAGUUUGACACGAUCUGGCAGCUGGUUGAGUAUCUGAAGAUGAAGCCUGAUGGUCUGGUGACUGUCCUCGGGGAGGCCUGCGUCAACGGCAAAACUGCAGAGAAGAAGCCCAAUCUUCCUGUACCAAGGCGCUCCACACCAAACGACUACAAACCGUCACCUAGAGUUGCUGCUGGUGCUGCUGCUGCUGCUGUACCUGAGGGCCGCGACCUGCUCCCCAUGGACUGCGACGGAUUCAACCCAUAUCACAACCCCAAUGACAUCAAGAGGUUCAACAUCCAGAGGGAUCAGCUGCUGAUGGACGAGGUGGAGCUCGGCUCUGGAAACUUUGGCAGCGUCAAGAAGGGGGUCCUCAAGACGGAAUCAGGCCAGAUAGACGUGGCCAUCAAGGUGCUGAAGAGUGAAAACGAAAAGCUGGUGAAGGACGAGAUGAUGAGGGAGGCGGAGAUCAUGCACCAGCUGAGCAACCCCUUCAUCGUCCGCAUGCUCGGCCUGUGCAACGCUGAGAACCUGAUGCUCGUCAUGGAGAUGGCUGCAGCCGGUCCCCUCAACAAGUUUCUCUCCGGCAAAAAGGAUUCUGUCUCCGUGGAGAACAUUGUCAACCUGAUGCACCAGGUAUCGAUGGGGAUGAAGUAUCUGGAGGAGAAGAACUUUGUGCACAGAGAUCUGGCGGCUCGCAACGUCCUGCUGGUCAACCAGCAGUUCGCCAAAAUCAGCGACUUUGGGCUCUCCAAGGCGCUGGGAGCGGAUGACAACUACUACAAAGCUCGUACUGCAGGCAAAUGGCCACUGAAGUGGUACGCCCCAGAAUGUAUAAACUACCACAAAUUCUCCAGCAAAAGUGACGUGUGGAGCUUUGGCGUCACCAUGUGGGAGGCCUUCUCCUACGGAGGGAAACCCUACAAGAAAAUGAAAGGCCAAGAGGUGACCGCCUUCAUUAACAGCGGGGGCCGCAUGGAGUGUCCACCAGCAUGUCCAGAGAGGAUGUACACAGUGAUGCAAGAGUGCUGGACAUACGAGCACGAGAUGCGGCCCGACUUCAAGAAGGUCGAGGAGUCCAUGAGAACUUAUCAUUACUCCAUAUCCGGCAAGGCCAAGCUGGACGGAGUCGAAGCUGCAGCCGUGCCGAGCCAGUAGACAGGAAAACAGGCCCAUUCUGUCUCAUGGCUGCACAAAGCGUCCCUUCAACCGACCGUUAAACUACCAAAACAAAGAGCAUUUCAUGAGCGGCGCAUAAUGACGAGCUUUGACCGCCGAGGAGAUACAGCUAAACUGGCCUCAUUGACAAUACAUGUGCAUUUGUAAAUUGGACCUCAGUGUUUGAGCUGUUGUAAGGAGGGUUUCUGUAGGUUUGUGUCUGUCAUGGUCUGAAUGUUAAGUGUCUUUGCAUUGAUGAAAGAACUAAUUCUGUAUUCUGGUAUUUCUGAACUACAAUGGGGCUGUAUGGCACAUUAGGAAGCUACUUUAUCUGUACCCACACCUCAAAGCAAUGUGUCUGUUUUUAAGUCAAAUAAAGUAAAUAAAAAAUGCAGAUAAUUUGA